GAAUACGCAGAGCUCUGAGAUGCAUAAUAUUCGUGAAUCUCAAAUUGACGCUAAACAUCUUGAUGAAGAAUAUAAAGUCACACAAACUUCUCAAAAAUCUUUGGGAACGAAGCCCAGAUUUGAAGACUCAUAUUGAAAGAUUUAAAAAACUUGAGCCAAUUGAUAAAUCUCUAAACUUUGCCUGACAAGAACCUGAUACUACUCUAUCCUCUUUAUUGGUUACCAACGAAAAGAUUUUGUCUUAUCAGAUAACUCAAGCAGAAGAAUUACUCUCUGAGAUCACACAGGAGGUCUCUCAGGCUGACUGAGGAAGCAUGACUGAACAUGAUCCCACCCUGAUGACUAAAAUUGAGCACCUCAAAACACUUUUGAAUGUCCUCCUGGAAAAGGAUUGGAGAGGGAAGAAAUGCAAGACUGAUAGAGGGACCAAGUUGGGUCAAGAUACAGAGUACAACAAAGCAGUUGGAAUAAGUUGGAAAUUAGAGAGAAUUGCAUGAGCUCAACAUCAAAAGGAAGUCGAAAUGCGGCGAAUAAAGAUUUGGCAUGAUGUUUAUAAGACCUAUACAGAAUAUGAAAUCUCCUUUGCUAGAGAUUCUGUCCUAUUUCACAAUAUAAAAGAUUAUCUGGAUUUUCGAAUGCUUACAAAGGUUGGCAAUUUAGCUCUUCCUCCUAUGAGAAAAGUUCGCUUUUCAAUUCUAUACUGUAGAAGCAAAGAAAACUCCAAUUUCUUCAAAGAAUGGUUUCCUCCUACAAUAAAUAGUUUGAUUAUUUGUUCAAAAGGUCUGGCAGCCGUAGGCGGAUUGCUUCUGAGAAUAUCUCCGGUUUCCCACAGAAUUUUGGAAAGCAUAUUUCUUGACUCUUUUAAAAUCAGUGGGUCCCAGUUGAAGAGAUUUUUCAUGUUGGUCAAGCAUGUUAAGUAUGUAAGCAUCCGAUUCUGUAAACUCAGUUUUACCGAAGUCAUUGAUCUUGAGAGAUGCUUGAAAGGAACUACAAUUGAAAAGCUAUGAACCGUUGAGCUAUCUAGAAGCAAUUGUAGUGACUGGGGGAAUAAACCUGAAGGCUUCUCCAACUUUAUUGAGAGUCUGUCCAAGUCGGAUUUAAAGAUUUCAUUACAAACAAUUUACAUUGGAGAGCGUUUUUUGUGAGAAACCUUUAUCAAGCAAGUAUUGGCUGGAAGUGAGCUUAAUCAUGUUGAUCUUAAUAUGGAAUAACUCAAUACUCAGAUGCUUUAUUCCAUCCAAGAACCUUUAUACUUUGCUAACACAUUAAA